UGUUUCAGAUGGUGGAGGGAUUUUAAUUUUUUUUUAUUUUAGAAAUGUCGUCCUGCCUUUUAGAUGAGCUACAUCAUGGAGUAUGUGACUGAAAGGCGUGUGGUUACGUUGUUUUUUUAAAAACUUAUUACAGGACCACUGUAGUAGCCAAUCGUCGUCGCUGUCGGGGGUUUCCCUGAACAGUGGAGUGGAAAAAACAGUUAGUCGAGGAGUUUUGGCUUGUGUUGGCUUUCUGAAAAGUUCGAAGCUAUGAAAGGAAUUACUGCGCUUCUUUUUCUGUUGCAGGCUACAGAUGUUAACACAGGGUCACACUCUCUCUGGGCAUUUGCAACAUUUAUAUACGGACAGACCCAAUUCCCAGAAUUCAGUGGAGUGGUUAUGUUGGAUGAUCUUCAGGUGCUCUACUAUGACCGCAACAUAAAGAAAUGGCUCUCUCGAAGCCAACCAAGCUCAACAAAUGUUGUUGAAGAUUUUAUCCUUGAAGGUGCAAACAGUGUGAUGGAAGACACAUAUAAUUCCAUGAGAAAUCCAGCCCAUCGUGUAAACCUCUUCUCCAAUCACACUGAAGGAGUUCAUGUUCAUCAAAAGCUGGGUGGAUGUGUGCUGGACAAUGACAAUGACAAGCCCAGCCCACUCAUGGGGUGGGAAGCUUAUGAUGGAACAGAAGUGACACGUUACGACAUACAUAAUCGCACAGUCAACCCUCUAUGGCCACAGCUUAUGUGGUCCACACUGAAAGAAAAAACCUGUCAAAUGAUAUAUAUAAAUAUUUAUCAGCCUAUUUGUAUCCAAACGCUGAAGUACUAUCUGGAGAAAGAGAAGAACAUUGUGUUAAGAAAAGAGCGCCCCAGAGUCAGGCUGAUCCACAAGCCGCGCACUGAGACUGGAGAAAUGAAGAUGUGCUGUCUGGCCACGGGCUUCUACCCCCGACACAUCAACCUGACCAUGCUGAGAGAUGGGCAUCCCAUCCCAGAUGAGGAGCUGAUUCUGGGGGAGGUGUUGCCCAAUGGAGACGGGACCUACCAGACAAGGAGGACCCUGAGUAUCCGUUCAGAGGAACUGAGAGAGAGACAUCAUUACACCUGCUCUGUCACACAUCUUACACUGGACAACAAGCUGGACAUAAACUGGGAGGAAGGCUCAGAUGUUGCAGUCAUCAGUUCUCUGGUUGUAGUGCUGGUUCUGGUUCUUGUCUUUACCAUCCUUUUAUUUGUCAUCUAUAAGAGGAGACGCAGAGGUCUAUUCCAGUCCUAG